AUUAAUAUUUUUAAUUGUUCAAUAAAUAUGUUUAAAAAAAUGCUGAAAACAGCAAAAUACCUCGACAACAUCGACCUACGAAUUAUAGACUCGACUACUCUUAAUAUUAAAACUGUAGAUAGUGAAAUAAAUUAUUUUUACACAUACGCAUUUAAGUUAUGUGGUGCCUCAUUAUUUAAUUUAUCUAAUAUUGAUAGAUUGGUCAAUACAUUUGAACAUAUAAAAGAAUUCAAUAAAAAAUCUGAAUUAAUAACAUCAAAUCUUUACAAAAAUAGAAAAGUAUGUGGAACAGAACACAAAAGUUCUAUUUUAACCGAUUUAUUGAUGAAAUAUAACAUCGAUCAAAUGGAUCAACUGGUUGACGAAUCCUACAAUUAUAUUAAACAUAUUGAUAAAGAUCUUGAAUUAUAUAUAUUAGGAAUAGUUGAAAAUUGUAUUUCAAAACUAGGUUUUGAACAACUAGACAGAACAAAUACUUUCAAGUAUAUUUAUUUCAAAAGUAAGAAAUAUAACAACAAUGAAGGUAUUUAUUUGUGUAAUCAUUUAUUAUCUCACUCUGGUUGGAUGUCAUGGAAACAUAUAGCUGUUGAAACUGAAUAUACAAAAGGAAUAUCACUGUAUUUUAAAGAUAUUUUACAAAUAGUUGAUAUGAAUAAUUAUAAUUUCAUGAGGUCGUAUCUUGCACUUAUUUUAAGAUGUCGCUAUAUUGAAAUACUUCGUAAUUUUAAUGUAAUGUUGGAACAUAUAAUUAAUGCUUGUAAAUAUGAAAAUAAAAUUAAUUGUGCGAUUAAGCUUUAUGAAACACUUAUGUUAUCCAAUGAUAUGUUUAGAAAAAUGUUAUUUGCUCUCAUUACUUUGAGACACUACACAAUGGAUAAUAAAUGUCGACGUCAAGAAUUAUUAACAGAGAGACUGGUAGAGAUUUUUAUUGAUUUUCUUAAUGAUGUUAGAAAAAAGUAUUUUUCCACAUUGUUAUUUAUUAAUGAUGAACUUUAUGAAGCUCAAUCGUUUCUUGAAGACUUAGCUCACGUUCAUACUUCUGUUUUACAGAGAAAAUUUUAUGACGUAAAUCAAUACAACAUGAAAUAUUGCAAAAUUAUAGAAUAUGAAACAGACAUAAUUACAACAUUUGAACAAUUGAUUCAAACCAAUACCUUAACAGAAUAUAGUAUUAUUCAUCAUGUUAUGUGUGAUUAUUUGGAAUCAUUUGUUCUAAAGGUUGUGAAAAAUGAUUAUGAGUAUUUAGGUUUUAAUGAUUUGCCUUGUAAGAAUUGACAAUUAUUCAAGACUCAAUAAUAUAUUGCAAAUAUGUUAUUAUAAAAUAAUUAAUUUUUCCUAAAAAUAUUUGUAAUACGACAAAAAGUUCGCUCUUAUUUUUGUUUAUUUGUAUAUUGUGUUAAUAUUUUACUUUGGUUGAGCCAAUUUUGGAGCAUAUAACCGCCGUGCUUUAUCAGUAAUACUGUGUUUGAAGGUCGGUGGAUACCCAAAUACGUUAAUCGUAUUCUCUAAUUACAAAAGUAGUAGGCAUAAUAAUAUUUUUUUAUAUAAGUCUUCCUUUUUUUUUCUCUCUCUCUCUAUUCUUUCUGUUCUCUCUUCUUUUUCUUCUCUUUAAUGUUAGACGAGGGUUUUCGGAUUUUUUCUCAUGUGAGUUUAUAUAUUUAAAAAAAAUAAUAUAAUUUUCAGAAUUAUUUAGAAACUAGUUCUAUUUGACUUAGUUGCUUAUUGUUGUUUGUAUCACUAGGUCAUUUUCCAAAAUGCCAAAAAAUAUUUGAAGUAAAUUAAAAAAUAUAAUUGCACAGUUAUUAGAUAUUAAAAGCUUUUAUUUCACGUUACAUGCGUAGCUCACAUAUUUAACAGGGUUGUAUAAAAGGCCAGAGAAAUGUAUUCUGACGUAAAUAAAUAAAUUAGUAAUAUAUACAAAUUAUUUCCAAAAGCUCCGUAUAUUAUUAAGUGUACAAAGAAAUAUUACCUGUUAUUCCGUUGUUACUUGUAGAGUAAGAUGGAGAUUGUAUUAAAAUCACUAUCACAAGGAACGCUUCAAUGCAAAUUUGUAGAUAGUAUUUAAUUCUAAGAAAUUGGUGGAUAAUUGAAAAAUCAACAUAAAUUCCUAUUUUCUUAAUAUUCUGAUU